GCGCCUGCGCUGUGGAGUCCGGCUCCUGAGUCUUGCGACUCUGUGACCCGGCGGCGGCGGCGACCCUAUGGCGGAGCCCCAGGAGGAAUCGGAGCCGCUUCUGAGCCGGGCCCGCGGCGGCAGCGGCCGCUACUGCACGCCGGGUGUAGCCGCCUGCGGCAGCGUCCAAGUCGGCCCCGGCGCCCCGGCUGGGCGGGACCUGUGCUUGGACCAGGCUGUGGUCCUCAUCGAAGACGCCAUCCAGUACCGCUCCAUUAAUCACCGCAUGGACGCCCGGUCGCUGUGGCUCUGCCGAUGGUACUACUCCAGCACCUGCCAGUGGGUUCUGAGCCUCACCAUCUUCCUGAUCUUGGCCUUGGCUUUUAUUGAGACCCCCUCCUCCCUCGCCAGCACCUCAGACGUGCGCUACCGCCUGGCCCCCUGGGAGCCGCCCUGCGGCCUGACCGAGGGCCUGGAGGCGCUCUGCCUGCUGGUCUUCACGGCCGACGUCUCCGUGAAGGGCUACCUGGUGGGGUGGGCCCAGUUCCGGAAGAACCCCUGGCUGCUGGCCUACCUCGUGGUGCUGCUCGUGUCCCUGGUGGACUGGAUCGUGUCACUCAGUCUCGUCUGUCAGGAGCCUCUGCGGGUGCGCCGGCUCCUGCGCCCCUUCUUCCUGCUGCAAAACUCCUCCAUGAUGAAGAAGACACUCAAGUGCAUCAGGUGGUCGCUGUCCGAGAUGGCCAGUGUCGGGCUGCUGCUGGCCGUCCACCUGUGUCUCUUCACCAUGUUUGGGAUGCUCCUCUUCACUGGCGAGAAGCAGGAUGAUGGGCCAGACAGGGAGAGGCUGACCUACUUCCGCAACCUGCCCGAGGCGCUGACUUCGCUCCUCGUGCUGCUGACCACCGCCAAUAACCCUGAUGUGAUGAUUCCUGCGUAUUCCAAGAACCGAGCCUACGCCAUCUUCUUCAUAGCCUUCACCCUGAUAGGGAGCUUGUUUCUGAUGAACCUGCUGACGGCCAUUAUCUAUAACCAGUUCCGGGGCUACCUGAUGAAAUCUCUCCAGACCUCACUGUUGCGGAGGCGGCUGGGGACCCGGGCGGCCUACAAGGUCCUGUCCUCCUUGACACCCCAGGGCGUCGGGGUGAAGCCCCAGGACGUCCUGCAGGUGCUCCAGAAAGUUCAGCUGGACAGCGACCACAAAGAGGCCGUCAUGGAGAAACUGCAUUCCCGCGAUGCCUUGCUGUCGGCUGACGAGUUUCAGAAGCUCUUUGAUACAUUCGACAAGAGGGUGACUAAAGAGCACCCGCCGCGGCCCGAGUACCAGUCUCCGUUUCUGCGGAGUGCCCAGUUCCUCUUCGGCCACCGCUACUUUGACUACCUGGGCAACCUCAUGGCCCUUGGAAACCUGGUGACCAUCUGCGUGUUCCUGGUGUUGGAUGCAGACAUACGGCCCGAGGACCGGGACGAUUUCGUGCUGGGGAUUCUCAACUGCGUCUUCAUCCUGUACUACGUGCUGGAGAUGCUGCUCAAGGUGUUCGCCCUGGGCCUGCUGGGGUACCUGGCCUCCCCCAGCAACGUGUUUGACGGGCUUCUCACCAUCGUCCUGCUGGUUUUGGAGAUCUCAACUCUGGCCGUGUACCACUUCCCACACCCGGGCUGGAAGCCAGAGAUGCUGGGGCUGCUGUCGCUGUGGGACAUGACCCGGCUGGCGAACAUGCUCAUCGUCUUCCGCUUCCUGCGCAUCAUCCCCAGCAUGAAGCUGAUGGCUGUGGUGGCCAGUACCAUCCUGGACCUGAUCAAAAACAUGCGGGCCUUCGGCGGGAUCCUCUUGGUGGUCUACUACGUCUUUGCCAUCAUCGGCAUCAGCCUGUUCCGAGGCGUCGUCGUGCUUCCUGCAAAUAGCAGCCUGGCCCCUGACAACGGCUCAGCACCCUGUGGGAGCUACGAGCAGCUGGAGUACUGGGCCAACAACUUCGACGACUUUGCUGCUGCCCUGGUCACUCUGUGGAACGUGAUGGUUGUGAACAACUGGCAAGUCUUCCUGGAUGCCUUCCAGCGCUUCGUGGGCCCGUGGUCGAAGAUCUAUUUUGUGCUGUGGUGGCUGGUGUCGUCUGUCGUCUGGGUCAACCUGUUUCUGGCUCUGAUCCUGGAGAACUUUCUUCACAAGUGGGACCGCCGCGGUCACCUAGAGCCUCUCGCGGGGGAUUCGGAGGCCUCGUCUCAGAUGACGGUGGAGCUCUUGUUCAGGGACGUCCUGGAGGAGCCCACGGAGGAGGAGCUGAUGGAGAAGCUGCGCCACCACCCGCACCUGCAGCUGUGCAGGUGACGUCCAGGUGCGCCUUCCUGGCUGCGCCGGCGGAUGGCGGUGCGGCUGGGGGAGGCGGAGGCGGCGGCUGCGGCCCCGGAGGAGAGGCUUCCCCUCGGAGAGAACCACUGCGGCGCCCGAGCCAGGGGCAGAGGCGGGGCCCGUUCGAUGCCCAGCAGGACCACGUCCGUGGCUUUGGGUGCAUCCACGCCACUUUCCUUUGUGAGCUGCUUCCGUGGGAUGUGUUUUUCCAAGUGCGGAGAGAGGGGGACUCCGUAGGGACCUUUCAGACAGUCUGCAAAGCACGACGCAGUGGCCUCCCCCUCGUGCCCUGCAACUUCCGUGGUGCCUUCGCUGCUGGUGGCCUUCAGGGACCAGAGGCCCCCGUGAGGCCUGCACAGGCUGACCAGCAGCCUUCCGGGGCAUUAAGCUGGGGAUCCUGGUUUUGCAUGAUAAGAAUCUGGACUGAGUUUUAUUAUUUUAUGGCUCGUGUGAGUGAGAUGGGGGGGGUCUCUAUGGGUCAGAAAACCAAUCAUCUUCACCACUAAGUCUUACCAAGGGUGUCAUUGUCAUCCUUAAGUGGACACAGCUCUAGCUCUGCUUCCCUGGGCCGGGCCCUGGGGUCUCAGCCAGUCAAAAACCAGUUGUGGUUGGGCCAGCCCUCGUGGUUCAUGCUAUGACUGCAAGAUGCCUUUCAGCAACAACUGUCAGGGAACUUGGAAAAAAAAUAAAGGUUUUUAUUACUUAUAA